CCUUUGCUCCUUUUCAGUUAUUUAAAACUGGGUAUUUAAUUAUAAGGGUAUUAUACACUUGCUUUUUAUUCUGUUCCUGUUUUUAUUCCAGUAGAGAAUGGAAGGAUUUCAAAAGCACGAAUAUGGAGCUAAGGCUAAAGGAAUUGUAGAAAAUAACCAGUUUGCAUCAUCAUCCUCACUGAGGCUCAUCCUGGUGGGCAAAACCGGCAGCGGGAAAAGUGCCACUGGAAACAGCAUCCUCUGCCAGGCUAAGUUUGAGUCCAAACUGAGUCCCCAGACCGUGACCAGGAAGUGCCAGAGGGCCACAGGCACGUGGAAUGGCAGGGACAUCCUGGUGGUUGACACACCAUCCAUCUUUGAUGAAAAGUCCCCAGACCAAGAGAUGUACAAGAACAUCGGGGACUGCUACCUGCUCUCAGCCCCAGGGCCCCACGUGCUGCUGCUGGUGACACAGCUGGGGCGCUUCACUGACCAGGACACAAAGGCAGCAGAAAGGGUGAAGGAGGUCUUUGGGCCAGGUGCCAUGAGAUAUGUGGUGGUCCUCUUCACCCACAAGGAGGACUUAAAGGGUGACUCCUUGGAUGAGUAUAUAGUCAAUACGGACAACUACAGGCUGAGGAGCCUGAUCCAGGAGUGUGGGAGGAGGUACUGUGGCUUCAACAACCGAGCCACCGGGGAGGAGCAGAAGGAGCAGCUGGAGGAGCUGAUGGCUAUGAUCAAGAGCCUGGAGAGAGAGCACAAGGGUGCCUUCUUCACAAACGUCCUCUACGCUGAUGCACAGAUGCUCCUGAGACAGGGAGGUGGCACCCGUGAAGAGCGCAGGAGCUACCUGGCUAAGGUGCAAGCACAUGUCACAAAUAGUGACAACUGGAGUCACUGGUUGUCCAAGGCGCACCUCAGAGUCAAAAACUGGAUGCUUUUUAACACUGGGUUAUCUUUUAUCCUUGUGAUAUGCAUUCUGAUUUUGCUUGCCAUUUUAAUUAACUUGUGUAUUACUCAAGGACGCUGAGCACUUUCAGCUGACAUCUACAAUUAGCUUCUUUUUUUUUUUUUCAGAUUCACCAUCUCUGUCUAUGCUUGUAAGAAACUUAUUCGCUUUUUGCUUAAGUUCAGUUUUAAUUUUUCUUCCUUGCAUUAGACAUGCCAUUCAUGUUCUUUUAGUGCUUCUAGAUAAAUAAAAUCCAA